AUGUUAGCUCAUCUGCUCCUAUUCGGAAAAGUCGUCGCCGUCGUCUUCCGCCAGACAUGGGUUCUAUUUCGCCUGCGCAUCGCUUCAAUGGUCCACCGAUUGACAUAUCGGCCCGGCGCGCAGCCCAAGAAUAUCGUCGUGGUGGGCGCUUCUUUUGCCGGGUACCAUACAGCGCGAUGCCUGGUGAACUCGAUUCCAUCAGGCUAUCGCGUCGUGGUGAUUGAGAAAAAUAGUCAUUUCCAAUUGACAUGGGUCCUGCCGCGCUUUUGUGUUGUUGCUGGCCACGACAACAAGCCCUUCAUUCCCUACGGUGCAUAUCUCAAAGGUCCCCCGGGUUCUUCCUUGUGGGUUACUGACACGGUGGGGAAUAUCGAGCCUGGUAAAGAUGGCCAUGGACGAGUGCAGACUGCUGCAGGUGAGUGGAUCGACUAUGAGUAUCUAGUACUGGCAACAGGCUCGUCGGCUGGGCUCCCGUCGCGAGUGUGCGCGGAGACGAAAUCGGAUGGAAUGAAGGCUCUUUAUAACCAGCGACAGAAAUUAGCAGCGGCUCACGACAUCGUUGUCAUGGGUGGAGGGCCAGCCGGCAUCGAGUUGGCGGCAGAUGCAAAGGCGCAGUUCCCUCGGAAGAAUGUCACGUUGAUUCAUUCACGCAAGACAUUGCUGAAUGAUGGGUUCGGGGUCAAGUUGCAUCGCGCUAUCUUGAAGGAGAUGGAGAAUCUCGGUGUGAAAUUGGUGCCGGGAGAGAAACCGGCGAUUCCAGACGGUGAAACGGGAGACAUCACGCUCAACGAAGGCUCGGUGCACUUUGAUUGCCUGAUUAGAUGCACGGGACAAAGGCCCAACUCGAGCAUGAUGCAUUUUCUGGAUUCAUCGGCGUUUUCAGCAUCGGGUCACAUUCGAGUCAAGCCCUCGUUGCAGGUUGCAGACGACGCAUUCCAUUGCAUCUACGCAGCAGGUGAUGUCAUUGAUGGUGGUGCCUUCAAGAAUGCCCGCUCAUCAUUCGAGCAGGGUCAGACGGUGGCCCAGAAUAUCGUUCGUUCCAUCAAAGGCCAGCAGCAGAUCGAGUAUCGACAAAAGUGGUGGGAGGGAACGACCAAGUUGACCCUAGGUCUCGCAAAAAGUGUAGUCUACAUCGCGGAUGGACGGGCCGAAUGGGUUAUCUCGUCGGGACAGAAGGUCGAACUGGAUAGCCCGCGCGUCUGGAAGUAUCUCGGGGUGACACCGUACGUGGAUGACACCGGAAACUGA